GCUGUUCAAAGUACACAGCAUUUUGUUGAUUUAAUUAAUUUACAUUAUAUUUUCAGGUCUAGAAAUCUUUAAAAUCAUGUUACAAAAAUUAGAUUUUACCAAAUGGUUUUCACAAAUUAACGUUGACAUUUACAUUUUUAUAAUUUCAAGUCAGUUUUAGGCCCCCUUGUUGAGAUCCACUCGAAUAUAUUUAAUUUUCAAUAAAUAUAUAAAUUAUUUAUUUUACUUUUUUUUUUUUUUAAAGAAUAUCACAGUUUUAAAAAUGCAACAAUAUUUUAAUGAUAGAUUUUCAUAGUUCAAAACUGAAUAUCUGAUCCUGUAACAUGAAUAAAACAAAUGUGUCACAAAAGAAAAAAAAAAAAUUAAAUGUGCUUGUAGUGUUAAUUUUUACUGAAUAGCUAGACUCUAUACUUUGCCCUCAACACAGGCCAAGACUAAAGUUCACCAAGAGAGAGUGAGAGGGAGAGAGAACGACGGAGGAAAGGAGGAGGGGAUGAAGGAAAAGCAAGUAGCAAAAAUAAAACUAUUUCGAAACAAAAGGACAGCAGGUAUCUAACGAACACUGUAAAACAAAGAGAAGAAAAGGAUAAAAAAAAUAAAAACUGUUCAUGUGGAAGACAGACUACUGAACUCAAUGACAGAGACAGAGGUGAAUACUGAACGUGUGUGAUAUUGUUUUGCUGUGUGUGUAUAAGUCUGUUUGCACGCAAAGAGUGUGUUGGUAAUUGCUUCAGUGACACGGACAAAGCUUCUAUGAGCAAAAUAUACACAAAAAACGGCCACUUAAACGUGAGAGAUGGAGGGAGGAGAGGGGAAGAGAGCAGGAGGAGAACGAAGCGGCCGGCUGUCGGCCUUACAGGAGCAGCUGGUGUGGUCUCUCCUGGGAUCAGGGCUGUCAAAAGAGCUGCUGAUCCAGGCCAUGGGAGAUCUGGAGCGAGAACGGGCCUCGGCCGGUGCCGAGAGGAUGGACCGGGCCGAUGGUGAGAGCUCAGAGGAGGGAGACCUGGACUAUCCACCUCCUAUAUUCCGUGAGCUGGAGAGGCUGCCGCCGGAGGAGGCCGCGAGGCAGAGGGCUGAAGUUAACCAGCUGUUACAAGAGGAUCCAUGGCAUGUGGCUAAAAUGAUAAAGACCUACAUGCAGCAGCAAAACCUGCCACAGAGAGAGGUGGUGGAGUCCACAGGCCUCAACCAAUCCCAUCUCUCUCAGCACCUCAACAAGGGCACACCCAUGAAGAAUCAAAAGCGUGCCGCUCUGUACAGCUGGUACGUCAAGAAACAGGCAGAGAUCAGCCAGCAGUUCACUAAUGCCAGUCGAGGUGUUGUGUCAGGAGAGGAAUCUGGGGAUGAUGUGAGAAAGGGACGAAGGAAUCGAUUCAAAUGGGGCCCAGCAUCCCAACAAAUCCUGUUCCAGGCCUAUGAACGACAGAAAAACCCCAGUAAGGGGGAAAGGGAGGGACUGGUGGAGGAGUGCAACAGAGCGGAAUGUCUUCAGAGGGGAGUUUCUCCAUCUCAGCUGGUUGGCCUGGGCUCUAAUUUGGUCACAGAGGUUCGUGUGUAUAAUUGGUUUGCGAAUCGGCGUAAAGAAGAGGCAUUUCGCCAUAAACUGGCACUGGACGGGCCCUAUAGCAGCCAAUCAGAUCCCUUGACAGGCCAGACGCUACCAUCCAGUCCUUCACCAGAUCUGAAGUACAGUCAGCCAGUUGUGUGUGAGAGCCUGGGCACAGUGAGAAGCUCCAGUGGUGAAGGCAGAGGUUGUCUAGCCAGUCCAGUCCAGCUUGAUCCCAGCCAUACACUCCUGGAUACACACCAUCACAAAUCAGCUUCUGGCGGUGGCUCCUUACCUCCUGUCAGUACUCUCACUUCCCUGCAUGGAGUUUUAGGAUCCUCUGCUGCCCCUACAGGACUGAUCAUGGGCUCCCUGCCAAGUGUAAUGAGUCUAGGGGACUCCUCACUCUUCAUAGGUUUGACAUCCUCUCAACCACAGACAGUCAUCAACAAUGUAGGGGGAGGUUUUACUACCCUUCAGCCAAUCUCAUUUCAGCAGCAUCUUCACACCUCACCUCAGCAGCCAACAGUGCAGCAGCUUCAGAGUCACAUUGGUCCAAGCUCCUUCAUGGCAACAAUGACACAGUUACCAUGCCACAUGUACAGCAAAGCAGACCUGAGCUCUUUCCCCUCCUCCAGUCUCCUGUCCCAGGCUAUGGUCAUCGCAGACAGCAACAGCAUUGGGACACUGACUAACCUCACAGCUGUUCGACAGAUUCUCACCUCAGAUCCUGAAGCUCACUCUGAAACUCCUAUUGAAGAGGAGUCUUUACAUCUGCAAUCCACUUCACCAGAGCCAGUGUCUUCAGGCAGUUUGGAUCUCUACCCUCAGACGAGUGACCCUCAUCCUUCUCACCUGCUCUCCUCUCCACCUGGAGAUAUAGACCCUUACAUCCCUACACAUAUGGUCUCUCCUGCACAAUAGCUUCAACUACUGAUGGAAAUCCCACAGAGA